CUUUGACCUUAUCAUUACUUCGCUAAUAUGCUAUUGUUCCAGAAAUGCAGUCGCAGCGCGACAGCAUGAGCAGAUUGCGCGAGGAAAAUCGGAAGAUCCGGUCCGAUUACGACGAGCUUCAGCUCCGCUUCGACGAAGAGGUGUACAACGGUGGGUCCUGGAAGAAGGACAAGGAGCGUCUGGAGACCAAGAUCCAAGACCUCACCAAGGCGUACGACUCGUCAACAGCCGCACAGGCAGAGCAGCAGUCGCAGAUUGUCUCGCUGCACUCUCAGGUCCGCGAGCUGCGCAGUGUGCUCAAUGACGCAGAGGCGGACCGUGCACUCCUCCAGAAGGCGCGCCGUGCACUACAGGCGGAGCUUGAGGCGAUCAAGUUCGACUCUGUGGACUCGACGAAGAUGUCGUCAGAGACCGAGCUGCAGAAGCUCCGACUGGAGAAGCAAGACCUCGAGCGUUCGCUAGAGGAGCAGAACGAUCGGGUUGCGAUGGCGUUUGAGAGGAUGAAGAAGGCCGAGGGUUACGCCACGGAGUGCCAGGUCGAGCUGGGCAAGACUCGUGUAGAGAACUCGGAGCUCGACAAGCUGAAUGCAAACCUCGAGAAGCAGAUCAAGGAGCUAAAUCUGCGCAUUGUCGAUCUGGAGACGAAGUCGCUGAACGUGCCACGGCCAUCGGCAACGACAUCGCGGCGGCUCGAGAGUCGCAUUGAGGAGCUGACGAACCAGCUCAACCAGACCUCCAAGGACAGCUCGCGCCUGCAUCGCUCUGUAGACAAGACCGCCCGCGACGCACGAUUUCAACUCGCGGAAGCCGAGCGGCAGCGACAGCGCCUCGAGGAAGAGGUUAGGUCGUAUGAGGGCAAGAUUACGAGCAUGAGGCAAGCGAUGGACGAGUUGCAAACCUCCGAGAACAGCCUGCAGCUGGCGAAACGCCGCGCGGAACGCGAGAACGCCGACUUGCGCCAGAAAUCAUUGAACCUCGAGAGGGAAGUUGAGCGGCUCAGGAGUCGUCUCGAGCGUCCAGCAUCCUCGGUGUUAAUGGGCUCACCGGUGAGCUCACCCCGGAAGUGAUCACACGGACCUUGUCGUACAGGCGGUUGCUUUUCUCUCCUUGUUCUGUCUUAUGUGCGGAUAGCCAUGUGUAUGUCUCGAUAUUCCUCCUUUCUCUCCCGCUUUGAUUCCGCACGCCGGGGAUCAUUACACAUCUCUGCUUGUUGAUGUAUCGUUAUGGUGCUGCCUCAAACUCUCGAUACCUGCCUCACUGACUAUCUGCGUUGCGUUGCUAGUACCACACCUCUUUCUUGCGUAACCCGAACUACCUGCUCACGACACAUGAUUAUGACUACGACAACUCCAUGUCACGCAUUACGCAUAUUGUUAUCGACUUUGGCAAUGAUAUCCUGUUUGUAUACAAGUUCCGAAUGCACUGCGCGUGAAUGAAGCGCCGUCAUG